AGCAACUUGUUAACUUACGUUGUUCAUUUAUUUUUUUAAUUGAAGUACUAUUAAAAAUGGGCCAAGUUGGAUAUUGUAAGGUUUGGAUCCCGAAAGGCACCUGACUUCACAACCCAAGCCCGAUCAACCAAGCAUAUAUUCGCCCCAAUGGACCAUUCCAGCCCACGUCUCUAAACCCUGAAUCGUGGCUUAACUCUCAGCGUAUGUUUUUAGAAAGCCAUUAACGAAAUUGUAGUGGUUUUGCGUCCAUUUCCACCAUAGAACUUUUUCCGCAGAUUUUCUCCCCCACAAUCCUUUUACUAAGCACACAAUGGAGUUGGCUACCUGUUCAAUCUCAGUCGCACAACAAAACUUGCUUUCUCCUAAGAAUCUCACAACAUUAACUUUCCGCUCUUAUAAGUAUCCUCAGAGAACCAGUUUUCUCAACUUUCAGUCUCGGGUUCUACGGCCGUUUUCCAAUGGCUUUAGCUGCCGGGGGAGCAGCUUCGGCUUCACUGACAACAUUACCUCUAAUUUCAAUUACAAUAAUAGCGUUAAUAAUAAAAUAUACAGAAGGGUGGAUUCUUGUUUGAUCAUACCUCCAACUGGAAACAGGAAACCACACGCAAUCAUCAAAUUCUUAGGCGGUGCUUUCAUUGGAGCUGUGCCCGAAGUUACUUACAGUUACUUGAUUGAGCUUUUGGCAAAGGAAGGGUUUUUAAUAAUAUCAGUGCCGUACAAUGUGACAUUUGAUCAUGAACAAGCUGCUAAACUAGUAUAUGAGAGGUUCAAUACUUGCUUGGACAACAUUCUUGCUUUUGGAUUCCCAGAUGCUGAUCUUACUCCUGUUGAUCUUAUUGACCUUCCAAUUUUCUCAGUUGGUCACAGCAAUGGUGCUCUUCUUCAAGUACUCACAGGAAGUUAUUUCUCCGAGAAGAUACCAAAGGCUAAUGCCAUUAUCUCAUACAACAACAGGCCAGCUACAGAGGCGGUGCCAUACUUUGAGCAGUUUGGUCCUCUAGUUAGGCAGAUGAUGCCAAUUGUAGAAGCAUCUCCAGUGUAUUCAAUGGCUAGGAGUGCUUCAGAUGAUGCGUGGAAGAUAUUUAUUGACACAGCUGGAGCAAUGAUACCUGACAGAGACCAGGAAGCCCUAGUCUCAUUCACCAAAUUUGUUGAUCAGUUGCCCUCAGUUUUUGGUCAGGUCACACAAGGGAAAUUAGAGUUCAAGCCAACACCUUCAGAGAACCGUGAAUGUUGUAAGAACAAAUACAAUGUCCAACACACACUACUGGUGAAGUUCAACUUUGACACAAUUGAUGAAACUGAUCUCCUUGAAGAGACAUUGAAGCCUCGUGUGGAGUCUAUUGGUGGGACGCUAGAAAAGGUCCAAUUAAGUGGUAACCAUAUAACACCAUGUGUGCAGGAGCCAAAAUGGCAAGCGGGCUAUGUGUACACUCCAGCAGAUGCUAUUGCUCAGGGACUUAAGACUCUCUCACUGAAUGAAACUAAAGUGCUCUCUAGAACGAUUACUGAUUGGUUCGGACGUUUGGAAGACUAACUGCCAGAGUUCAAACGAUAGUUGAUUCUGUGUAGGUGCAGUUUAUUGAAAAAAUAAUCAGCGUAUAGAAGGAAUUAAAAAUCAGACAGCUCCCUUGUGUAGCUCAAGCUUAAUAAGCUUUCAUAAGAACCAAAAAGGAUAGAGGAAUUAAACUUUAAGACUAGACACCAAUCGAAGAAACAUAUAAAUUGAAAGCUUCUUUCA